UCUAGCUCUCUCUGUCUUGCACUCUCUCUCUCUCUCACAAAGUCUCAGACACAUCUCUUAAAAGCCUCUAAAGAACAACACUGCUCCCCUCUCUCUCUCAGAUACAUCUCUCGAUCUGCCCCCCUUCUCUGCCUCGCAUUACUCUCUCUCUCUCGCACCCUUAUACAUCUCUUUAUAUAGCCUCCAAAGAACACGUUUGAUCUUUGUGUCAAACAAUCCCCCUAAAGGACACGUUGUUUCUGUUCUUUCAGAUCAUCAUGGACUUCAUAGCUUGCAGCCGUUUUGGCCACUUCUCGGUAAUGGUGAUAACACUGUUGCUCUUUGUUCCCGUAACUACCAUGGCCUCCUCCUCUCCUUUCAAUCCCACCCAACCCAUUUUCAUGUCUGCAGAGAUUUUUCCCCAAACGCUAGGGUUUGGAUCAUAUUUUACUCAGAUUGAGGUGGGUACCCCUCCGGUCAGCCAGUUUAUGGUUAUAGACUCGGGGAGUGACGUUACACGGUUUCAGUGUAAACCAUGUAAUUGUGAGCAAACGCCAGGCCACGGAUUUGACACACUCAAUUCCACUUCCUUUUCCGUGGUCCCUUGUGACUCCGCCGCCUGCAAUCACUUCGGUCAACACGGUUGCAACAACAAUAGUCAAUGUCCAUACAAGGUGGACUCCCUUGACGGCUCCUUCUCGAACGGCUCGCUUAUGCUCGAAAGGCUCACGUUUGGAAGCACCGUAGUUCCGAAUGUGUAUUUUGGGUGUGGGCACACAAACUCUGGCAUGGUGGCUGGAACCGACGGCUUGGUGGGCCUUGGAGGUGGGCCAUUGUCAUUGCCGAAUCAGCUUCGGCUCCGAGGAUUGGCUGACAUCUUCAGUUAUUGCUUGCCGAGUUUGUUUGGAGGGUCACCAGGUUGGUUGAAUUUCAGCCUUCCAGGUGCAGUGCUACCUGCGGGAACCGCAUGGGUCCCCUUGCUCCGCAACCCAAACACGCCCACUUAUUACUAUGUUGGGUUCUCGGGUCUUGGGAUUGGGGGCAUUCGACUCCCCAUUAGCGAAGAAAGCUUCAAAAUCACGAAAGAAGGCUUUGGAGGAGUGAUUAUUGAUUCGGGCACAAUAUUUACCCGACUACCGAAGCCUGUUUACGAGGUUUUUCGUAACGCUUACGUUGCAAAAACCGUAAACCUUCCUCGGGCCCCCGUGAGCCCCGUGUUUGACACGUGCUACAACCUAUCCGGUUUAGACCCGUUUCAGGUUCCAAACGUGUCAUUCUUCUUUUCAGCCGGACCAAUCUUAACACUGAAAGUAAGGCACAUUCUAGCUGAGCAUGAAAGUUAUAUUGGCAAGGAAAUUUUCUGUUUAGCGUUUGUCCCAACCAAUCAUGCUACAACUAUUAUUGGGAACACUCAGCUACUCGGAAUCCAGACUUCCUUUGAUGCAGCAGCUGGAUAUAUGGGAUUUGGACCGAGCACUUGUAGCCCACCUGAAAGUUCUCCUGAUUGUCAUGGGCAUUGGCCUCCUAGGCAGUGGCCUCCUAGGAGUAUAGCCUUGAGGAAUUAUAUUCCUCCAUAUCCGUUAUUACUUAAUUGUAUGUUUAUUUACAUGUUUUUUAUUUGUUAAUAAAUACACUUGAUUGAUCAAACUUGUGAUUAAAGAGACUGAGAAUUUUUAG